UAUUGGUUAGGUAUUCCUAGUGGUUAGCAUUAGCUGUGUUCUUAGCUUGUUUUACUACAGGUCAGUAAUAACGAGCACUUUUUAGGCCUAUUAGCGUGAAAUAAAGCGUAUUUAUAACUCAAACAAAUAUGGGUACGAACAGAUAAUUGAGUAAGCCAAAGGUAAAAGCGGUCCCCUAAAAACAGCCUAGACCGAUAGUUAUCUCAACAUUAGCUAGCUAGAUACCGAAGCGUGUUUUGCCAUUGUUUAUAAAUCACAGUCAUGACUCUCGCGGUGGACCGGGAGCAGAGGAAGACUGCGGGAAACCGCUUGUCAAAAUUACUGGAUGCUGAAGAAGAGGAUGAUUUCUACAAGACCACGUAUGGAGGGUUUGCCGAUGAAUCAGGAGAUGAUGAGUAUCAUGGAGAAAAUUCAGAGGAUGAGGAUGUGGUGGACAGCGAUUUUGACAUCGAUGAGGGCGAUGAGCCAGACAGCGACAAGGAGGACGAUGCACCUAAAAGGAAAAGCCGGGUUGUUACUAAAGCAUAUAAGGAACCAAUAAAGGUGGCGAAGCCCAAACCAAAAAAACCCUUGGAGGAACAGAAGAAGACUGAGAAAGUUAAAGUUGAGCUCAAAAGGAAGAUCCCACCAGAGUUCCAAGAUUUUGGUGAAACUGUGUAUCAUUCCUUAGCACGGAAGUCUGUGCGACAGUCCACCAGCGAGCAUACCCGAAAGACAAAUCUGCGCCUGCAAGAGCGUCAGGAUGCCCCUCGGAGGAGGAGGGGGGCUCAUCGGGACCGGCCCCUCACCCAGGAAGAACUGCUGGCCGAGGCCAAAAUAACGGAAGAGCUCAACAUCCGAUCUUUGGAGAACUAUGAACGUCUGGAGGCGGACAAGAAGAAACAAGUCCACAAGAAGCGGAGAUUUGACGGACCGACCAUCCGUUACCAUUCAGUCCUGAUGCCACUCGUUUCACAUUCGGUCCUAAAAGAAGAAAACGUUGAUGUUGAAGGGUUGGAUCAGGACGUUCCUCAGACUGCAGCACAGAAUCCCAGCACGCCGUCCCAGCAGCCUGCGGGGGGGCUGUGCUCCCGUACUUAUAUAACGUUCAGCGAAGACGAAGCCUUCGAGGCGACGUUCCCACACAGCGGCCAGUCGAGCCCCCCGCUGCCAGUCCAGGAGGUUUGUCCCGUUACCCACAAGGCCGCACUGUACCGAGACCCGGUGACUGACAUACCGUACGCUAACACACGAGCCUUCCGCAUCAUCCGAGAAGCGUACCGUAAAUACGUGGCAGCUCAUGGAUUUCCAAACACUUCGGGUGCGGUGACAGGACUUGACUCCUCAGCAACAAAGAGCUCCCGCCAGAAAAUGGUUGUCAAGCAGAGUGCUAUGGCAACAUAGAUUAGUUUCAGAAAUAAUUUUCAAAAAAGGUUUGUGCUUUUUUUUAUAUGUAUUAGUUUAAGCAGAAUGACUUCACAUGGAGUCAAUCCCUUUUUGUAUACAACUGUCAGGCAUUCAGCAGUCAAUGUGAUUAUUACGUCAAAGUCGGUGAAACAAUUGAAGGCAAACACCAGUACUACUGUUGACUGGAGAGAGCAUGGAAUUACAAGAAGUAGACCUUACUGAAAAUCAAACAUUACCAAAACCAAGCAGGUGGUGCUUUCCUUCAAACGGCAAACAAUCUUAUCUUAUCUUUAGUACAGUAUCACCCUAAUAGAAUACAAAUCUUGUUUGAAUGAACAAAAAAUAAUCCCUGAUUGGCUUUAGAUGCACAUUGGCAGACUUUUGUGUUUUUCCUUAAAUGAAAUGCCUUUUUUACUGUCAAUAUAUCUGGGCUCUACAAAUGUACAUAUUUCUCAACAAAAAUAAAUGUUUGAAACAUUGGAAAAAUA